CAUGCUGCACGGCUUUCCUAGGUCCCAGCCUCUUCCCCGCUGAUAGGCUCUGAGGUCUUCCUUCCGAAAGGCAUGGAAGUUGGAGCCCAGAGACACAAACAGGAAGCAUUUGCCUGCAGGCACCACCUCCUUAAAUAUCCUUGUGCAGCGGGAAUUCCUUCUGUCGCCCUUUGUCUGUGGCCCUACGGGGCAGGCGGAGGUGACCGGGGCUAUCCUGGAGGAGGCUGGGGCCUCAGGGAGGUGGGUGCUGGAGAUGGGCUUCCUGCCACCAGGCCAGGACGUGACACCUUGGCACAAAUGUCCCAUGCUGCUCCCUUAGGAAUAUCCUGCUGGGCCCUUUUCACCUGCUGCAAGAAAAUCUAUUCCUCGCUGCCAAAGAAUCAACAGGAUGCUCUCCAGUGAAUCCCUACAUGCUCCGCCCUUCAGCCGCUCCAGCUCCCAAGCCUCAGUGGACAGCGCGUCCAUGGAGGACUUCUGGAGGGAAAUAGAGAGUAUCAGCGAGAGCAGCCUCAGGGCUCAGGAGGAGCCACCGGCCACGGAGGUCAAGCCAGUGGACGAGGGCGAGCUGGAAGCGGAGUGGCUGCAGGAUGUGGGGCUGUCCACGCUGCUCUCCGGGGAGGAGGAGGAAGACGGCAAAGCGCUGCUGUCCACACUGACGCGCACGCAGGCAGCUGCGGUGAAGAAGAGGUACAACACCUACACGCAGACGCUGCGCAGGAAGAGCAAGCAGCCGGUCAGGGAUGUCAGGGACAUCUUCGGGGUCAGCGAGGCUCCGCUGGACGCUUCUUGUGACAAUCACACCGCACAGCUCGAUGACACCCAGGAAGAAAAACAGCUACCGGAAGUCAUCAAAACGAGCAACCCGGUGCUGGAGGAGGCAUCUCUCGACAGCUCUGCCCUGUGCAACGGGUCCCAGGAGGAGGAAAGGGGCCUCACAGAGCCCGGGCGCAGCUCUGUGUCUAUACUUGAGGCCAUCUCGGACAUCCCGGUCCACGCCAACGGCGCUUCAGAGUCCAGACAGACGGUUCCAAGCCCACUGAGUGGCAAUGACUGUCCAGAAAAGAACAUUUCAACAGAGGCUGAAGAGCUGUCCUUUGAAGUGUCGUACUCAGAAAUGGUUACAGAGGCUCCAAAAAGAAAUAAAUUGAAGAAAUCAGAAAUUAAGAAAGAAGACUAUGCUUUAACUAAAUUUAUUGUCCAGAAGACCAGAUUUGGGCUCACCGAAGCGGGAGACCUGUCCCCUGAGGACAUGAAGAAGAUCCGCCAUCUCUCUCUGAUCGAAUUGACCGCCUUUUUUGAUGCCUUUGGAAUUCAGCUGAAAAGAAGCAAAACAGAGAAAGUCAAAGGACGAGACACUGGGAUCUUCGGAGUCCCGCUUACUGUGCUCCUGGACAACGACCAUAAGAAAGACCCUGCAGUCAAAGUCCCCCUUGUGCUACAGAAAUUUUUUGAGAAAGUUGAAGAGUCUGGUCUGGAAUCUGAAGGAAUUUUUCGACUUUCCGGAUGUACAGCCAAAGUCAAGCAAUACCGUGAAGAGCUGGAUGCCAAGUUCAAUGCCGAUAAAUUUAAAUGGGACAAGAUGUGCCACAGAGAAGCUGCCGUGAUGCUGAAAGCCUUUUUCCGAGAGCUGCCCACCUCCCUCUUCCCUGUGGAAUACAUCCCUGCCUUCGUCGCACUGAUGGAAAGAGGCUCUCACAUCAGAUUGCAGCUUCAGGCCUUGCACCUCAUGGUCAUGGCGCUGCCGGACGCCAACAGGGACACAGCCCAGGCCCUCAUGACGUUCUUCAACAAAGUGAUUGCCAACGAGUCCAAGAACCGCAUGAGCGUGUGGAACAUCUCCACCGUGAUGGCGCCGAACCUCUUCUUCAGCAGAGGCAGGCACUCGGACCGCGAGCAGCUGCUGCUGGCCAACACCGCGGCCCACGUCCUCCGCCUGAUGCUGAAGUACCAGAAGAUCCUGUGGAAGGUUCCGUCUUUCCUGAUCACCCAAGUCCGCAGGAUGAAUGAGGCCGCAAUGUUGCUGAAGAAGCAGCUCCCGAGCGUAAAGAAGCUUCUCAGGAGGAAGACCAUGGAGCGGGAGGUUGCAAGCCCCAAGGCCUCAAAGGUACUGCAAAAGUCGCCUUCCGCAAGAAGAAUGUCCGAUGUGCCGGAGGGAGUCAUACGGGUCCACGCCCCACUGUUCUCCAAGGUGUCCAUGGCCAUUCAGCUGAACAGUCACACCAGAGCCAGGGACAUACUGGCCAAGUUCCAGGUCGAGAACAGUCAUGGUUCAUCGGAGCGUAUUAAGAUUCAGAACCAAAGGUUGUAUGAAGUUGGAGGAAAUAUAGGACAGCACUGCUUGGAUCCAGAUGCAUACAUAUUGGAUGUAUAUCGUGUAAAUCCACAUGCAGAAUGGGUGAUUAAGCCACAACCACACCCUUGAAGUACCCCCAAAGCGGCCGUCCUGCAUAUUGUAGCCCAAGAAGGUCCAACUCAUGAUGGGGAAUGCUAGACUGCCUGGACACACCUGUCCCCAUAGCUGUCUGGGUGUCCCUCGUCCCGAGGGGCGGUGUCUCCAGCUCUCUCCUUGUGAACUCUGCAGAAGGAGAUGGUUCGGUACUUAAGCUGAACAUUCUCCACGUUUCCCUGAUGAAAGGAAGAAGACGGGACCCUUCCAGAAGGCAGGCACUGUGGAACUAACUCAGGGCUCAGUCCUGUCUGGUGUCUGAUUCUGCAACAGACAUGAGUGUGACCUCAUACCUGGGGAUGGGCAGCCCUUCCUUUCAUAGCCAAUGCUACCAACAAGUGGGAGAGACUUUUUUUAUACUUAUGUUAUAUGCAUAUAUUGACUUUUUUUUAGCAAGAGUGUCAGAAAUAGCCUUAAUCUCUACCCUGCAAAAUACUCCACAUCUACUUUCCAAAGGGAAUCGGUUUCUAAAGUGAAACAGACAAUAUUUAUGUUCUCCGUGGCUCCUGGGUUGGAGGAGGAACUUCCGCCUAGAGAAAACCGUCGUGGCAGAUGUGAUGACCUUUGCUGUGUCACCGAGUACUAAAAAUGAUGUUUUGUCACCCAUCGCCUUACAUGUACACUGCCUGUGUGGAGGACAUUGCGACACAGCUCUCAGCCUUCCAGACCCUGCGCUCUGCGCCCAGGAGUCUCUGUUCCCUUCACGGUCCUGCUCAGGAAUACCCUUCCCUGUGCCACACAGAUGUGCUUCUCUGAUCACACGCAUUGUUUCUGUACAUUUACUGCUGUAGGUAGUGCUUGCUUUCUGCAGCCCCCACCUAAAGUUACAGAACUGCGUCUAUCCCAAGAGUGCUGAAAGGUCCCCUUCCCUCCGGCUUUUACAAGCUGUGCACACAGACUUUCUUUUGUUCAUGGCACAUAUGUGAGAAUGGCUGAGGCCCGUGGAGGAGCAUCGGGCCGCGGGAUGAGAUGCAUGUCGGGAAGCCUCGGCAGCCACCUCACCGUCAAGCUUCUGCCCUGGGUCGCAGCGCCGACCAAAUCUAAAACACGCUCUGUCCUCUCUCUUAGCAUCGCAGAUCCUGGCUCUCUAGGACCAAGCCAAGAUGGCACAGCGCUCUCUUCCCCCUGGGCAUAGACUUCAAUGUGAUUUUGAUCAGUUUUAAUAACGAUUAAGGGCCUGGUGCCUCUCACUUGCAGUUCAGUGUGGAAUCACAAACCCGGGAAACGUUUUUAUUUUACCAAGUGCCAACAUACUGUGAUGAUACCUGUAAGCGCGGUUAGAGAAGCAGGGCUGUGCACGCUGCCUCGCGCCUUGAUGUCUGUACAAAGCACUAUUUAUGCUCCACAUGCAGAUAAUUGUGUUUCUGGCCUUUGGGAUUUUGUUAUGCUUUUAUAAGAAAUGCAAAGAUGCAUUCAUUUGUUUGAGAAUCUUUCUUUUGCCAGGUGACCAGUGAGAAAGGAAGCAGGUUUAUACUUCUGCACACAUUUCAUUGGUUUUCAAAGUGUGCUAAUGUGAGUUUACACAGUGAAUUUCCAGAGUAUGGAAAAAAAAACUUCUACCGCCUUGGCGGCAGCAGUGAACCUGCUCAUUCUGUGGCAGCCGAGUCCGGAACCCUUACGUGGCAGUGACCCAGGCCCAUGCGUGGAAGGCAGCUUCCCAGGAGCGGCCUUACAUUUCUGUCUGUGUCUAACUCUGGUGUUUGUCACUACAUCUUACUGGAUUCUCCUGCAAUUAUACAUAAAAUUCGUAACUGUAUUCAUUCAUUAUUUUUAUUUCUGAGUUUCCAUUUCUUUUGACUGACAACACAUUAGAACCUGUUCUGAGUUCUGAAGAUUUUCAGGUUUACCCCCUCUUGUCACCAACCCCCCAAAUGGUAGGUAAAAUACAAUGAGUCUCUGGAUUUCUUACCCAUUUUGUGAUUUUAGACAUCAAAGACUUCACUUGGACCAUUCCCCACACUAAUUGCUGCAUCCAAGCCAUGUAGCAGCUUGUAAGUAGCUGUGCCCGUGUAGGGCUGAGUCAGAAUCACAGAAUCAGAGUCAUUAAUGUAACUUUUAUUCUUGAUAACAAAGUUAUCUAGUUGGGUACUUGUAUUACUAAAAAAGUUCUUUAGCCUAAUGUUAUUUUUUUCUCUUUCUUUCUUUCUUCUUUCUGUCUGUCUGUCUGUCUUUCUUUCUUUUUUUUUUGUACCAGGCAUCAAACUCACAACCUUGCACUUGGCAGGCAGGUGCUUAUGCCACAGAGCUAAAUCCCCGGCUCCCCGCUAAUGUUAUUCUUCAAGAAUAUCCACUAUGAUUAAGCCCUAAACUGCCAGCCACCUAAGAAUUGGGAGGAUUAAAAAACAGCCACUUAGGGGCUGGAGGUUUAGCUCAGCGGCAUAAGCACCUGCCUUGCAAGCAGGCGGUUGUGAGUUCGAUCCCCAGUACCGAUAAAAAAUGAAAAAGACCAAAAAAAAAAAAAAAUCUUAAAAAACAGCCACUUGUUGUUUUAAAAACUUCAGUACCAGAAAGCAAAUGAUAUCUGUACAAACAAGAGGAAGGUCAUAUACACAGCUCAUAAAUAGUAUCUUUUUGUUGUUGUUGUUGUUUGUGACAGGUCUCACUAUGUAGUUCAGGCGGGCCUUGAACUCACUAUGUAGUGCAAACUGACCACAAACUUGUGGUAAUCCCCCUGCCUCGGCCUCCCCAGUGCUGGGAUCAUAGGUGUGCGCCACUACACCCAGCUAUAAACUUUAAUUCUUAACGGCUUCUCACUCUCACCCCAUUUCAAGUUGCUGUUGGUACAUAUUUGGGAAAGUAUCAGAGGACAUUAACACUUUAAAACACUAUUCAGGAAAGUUCCUGGACCUGGUUCCUUGUUUCCUGCAUUCUGCCAAGGAGGCGGUGCCCUUGGGGACACUGCGUGUGCAUUGGAGUCAGCGGCUUCUGAACAACUGGGGUGCAGGUCUUCACGACGCGCCGUAGUAUAAGCUACCUCCCGUGCCUUUCUUGGAAAACAACCGAAGGACUAUGACAGCGUCUGCAGCCAGCCCCGUGUCAUAUUGAAGCUGCCUCGGUUCACUUCCAGUGUACAUUUGGUAAUAGAAUUCAUGGUGUGAGAUGUUUGUAAGCUUUAUAGCUUUAAAGCCACAAAGGCCUCUGUCAUGGAACCAGGGUGGCUGCCUGGUGCCUCGGCCGGUGGUAACGGUCUCAGCUUCCCGCUGUGUGCACAGGUGGUUUCCAAAGGUAGGAGCUACUGUUCCUCUCUCCCUUCGGGCCUCUUCUACUGCCGUCCAUGCAUUUCAGGACUGAAAAGUAACAUGAAAUUGAAAUACAGAGGCCCAGCAAGCAUAUUUCACCUAUUUUUCAUAUAUGUGUUACUUGCCUAAAAAGAUUGGGUAGGACGGGACUGAAUAGUUCCUGACUCACAUUUAUCAACUGUUCCCAUAAAUAUGUCACCUAAUAAAAAAUGAUAGGACAUGGGAUUAAAAUGCCCAAGUAUUUCAACAGUUUUUACACACAGGCUGAAUUUUGAAAUAGCAUCUUUUCUUUGUCCUUUUCAAGAUUCCUUGAUGCUCUUAAUUUGUAAAUCAUGUGUCACUGGGAAAUGCCUGCACUGUACAUCUGCUUCCUCCGAAGUUGAUGCUGACUCUUAUCCUGUCAGCUUCCAAGGUUAAGGAGAAUGUGUAUGUUGCAUUUUAUCCAUAAGAAUAAAAAGCAAAAACUAUGGUUGUAAGAA